AUGCCUCAAAGACUUCCUCGAAAUCCGUUCGCUAGUUCCAUCACGCCUGCGGCUAUUACACCGCAAUCCGACAAACCUACAGCACGUAGGCCGUCGACCUCAAAGGGUAACAGAUUGACCAAUUUCUUCACCUCUUCACCAAAGAGCAAGGAACAACAAUCUGCUCAGGCGGCCCUUCUUUCUGCUGUUGCCGCACAACAACAGCGACUUCUGGACAAUCCGUCGCCCAGUCCAGCAUCUUUAUCUCUUCCCACAAUUUCUCUCUCCACUGCAAAGGCUGGUGAGGUAAACAUGGACGAACCACCUACGACACUUUUCCAACCACCUUCCGUCGCAGAGGCAAAGUUACAAGCAAGAAGAGAUGCACAAUUUGGUCCGUUGAACCACCCAAGUCAUAAAUAUGUCAGCCAGCAUCAUGGAGUCCUCGAAGAUCCAGUCGAGGAUGAGCCACCGUACUAUUAUCUUCUUACUACAUACAUAAGUUACUUGGUCUUGAUCAUAUUUGGACAUGUUCGGGAUUUCUUUGGAAAAAGAUUCAAGCCCGAAGCCUACCGACAUCUUACUGCUGCCAAUGGUUACGCUGCCCUCAACAGUGAUUUUGAUAAUUUCUAUGUUCGCAGAUUGAAGUUGCGUAUCGAUGAUUGUUUCGCUCGUCCAAUUACUGGAGUUCCUGGUAGAUACAUUACCCUUAUUGACCGAAAGACUGAUGAUUUCAACAAGAACUAUCAAUAUACCGGCACGUACACAGAAACUCUGAAUUUGAGUUCUUAUAACUAUCUCGGAUUUGCACAGUCAGAAGGACCAUGCGCAGAUGCAGUUGAAGAGACAAUCAAGAAAUACGGAAUUAGCUCUGCAAGUCCUCGAGCAGAUGCCGGUACUUCGGAUUUGGCCUUGGAGGUCGAAGACAGAAUUGCUAAGUUUGUUGGAAAACCAGCUGCAAUGGUAUUCUCAAUGGGUUUCGCUACAAACGCAACUGCUUUCCCCGCUUUGGUUGGAAAGGGCUCACUCAUUAUUUCCGAUGAAUUGAAUCACGCUUCUAUCCGUAUCGGUGCACGUCUUUCAAGAGCUAUGAUCAUGUCCUUCAAGCACAAUGAUAUGAACGAUUUGGAAAGACUCCUCCGGGAAGUCAUCUCUCAAGGUCAACCUAGAACUCAUCGACCAUGGAAGAAGAUUUUGGUUGUAGUUGAAGGUUUAUACUCCAUGGAAGGUACAAUGGUCAACUUACCAGGAGUCUUGGCUCUUAAGAAGAAGUACAAGUUCAAUCUUUUCGUCGAUGAGGCUCAUUCUAUUGGUGCUAUGGGUCCUCACGGUCGUGGAGUAUGCGAUUACUUUGGAAUUGAUCCUGCCGAGAUUGAUAUCCUCAUGGGUACUCUGACUAAAUCUUUCGGUGCUAACGGAGGUUAUAUUUCUGGUGAAAAACAUAUCAUUGACAAAUUGAGGCAAACAAACGCGGCAACCAUGUAUGGUGAAUCACCUACCCCACCAGUCUUGAUGCAAAUUCUCAGCGCAUUGAAAAUCAUCUCUGGAGAAAUCGCUCCUGGUCAGGGUGAAGAGAGAUUACAACGAAUUGCAUUCAACUCGAGAUAUCUCCGAUUGGGAUUGAAGCGCCUCGGUUUUAUCGUUUACGGUCAUGAUGAUUCUCCAAUUAUCCCAAUCGUUUUGUAUAACCCCGCCAAAAUGCCUGCUUUCUCCCAUGAAAUGCUUCGAAGAAAGAUUUCCGUCGUCAUUGUCGGUUAUCCCGCCACGCCACUUAUCUCUUCCCGUGCCCGCUUCUGUGUUUCCGCGGCCCACAACAAGGAUGAUAUGGAUCGUAUCUUGGCUGCUUGCGACGAAGUUGGAGACGUACUUCAGCUCAAGUUCUCCACUGGUGUAGCCGGUGGUGCAGAACAUCUACCUGAUGGUGUUACACCUGAAAUGGAAAAGGAAUGGCAAAGAGCAAACGGUCUUCAAGGAGUUGUUAAGCCCCCACGCUGGUCGUUGAGAGAAGUCAUCGCCAAUGGUGUAGCAGAUGUCAAGGAACCUUUGCGUUGA